AUGAACUUUCUAGCGAAUGGCGGACGCUUGGCUGUAUCGUGUAAAGCGGUUUUUAAAACAACACCAACAAUCACCGAGAUGUCGAUAAAACCUCUCGUCUACCCAUCAAAGCCACAGAAGAUAUUGCAAAUGCCGCCAACGACGCUAAGAGAUGAUUUGUAUAAAAAACUACCCACUGGAAACAUAUCUGUUCGAACAGGAUAUUCUACGCCUUCUGAAAACAUCAGUUAUGCGGCUGUAUGUUUUGUAAUGUCUCCUUCUAACAGUCCUAGUGCUAAAAAAUAA